CGCCCUCAGGUGCAGUCAGUUUCGAGAUCACUUUUCCCACUGUAGUUUGACUAAAUAUCACUGGGAGACCUACGUCCAUGACAACAGCUUUCAAAGCUGCGUGAAGGGUCUCUAACACCGGAACUAACCGGCCGGAGCUUGUUGGUGGAGAUGAUUCGCCCCGUUAUUCGGACGUGGCUCCUGCUGCUGGCAGGUUUGCUGCCAGCGGUGCAGCACGUCAUCGGCAUAGAUAUUUUCACUACGGGCGAGCUGGAGGCGGUGAAUGGGACGGACGUGAAACUGAAGUGCACCUUCACCUCCACUCAUCCGGUGACCCUUCAGUCCGUCAUUGCGACCUGGAGCUUCCGAGGCCUUAACUCGAAAAUCGACGAGUCGGUGUUUUACUACCAGGAGGAGCCGCUCCCUCCCACCGACGGGCGCUUCAAAGGCCGCGUGCUUUGGUCGGGGAACGUUCUGAAGCGGGACGUGUCCAUCACCCUGCAGGACGUCCAGCCCACGUUCAACGGCACCUACAUCUGCCAGGUGCGCAACCGCCCCGACGUGCACGGCAGCAGUGGGGAGACCGUGCUGCGGGUCGUCGACAAAGUGACGCUCUCGGAGAUCGGCAUCCUGGCAGCCGCGGUCGGAGGCGCCUGCGGCGUGGUCCUGAUCAUUCUCGCUAUGGUUGUGGGAGUGCGGUUGUGCAGGAGGAAUCGAAUGGACCACAACAUCGAGAUGCACCCGAAGGAGCAGGGCCCCGGUGUGUGGUGAGAGCCUCUGCUCCCCUGGGGUGGAGUCACAGACUGUUGGUGGGAAGUUCACAGCUCUAGGACAUGUAGAUGCACUACUUCAGUAUUAGAGACAUAAUAUACAAUCAUUCCAAUUUCUUUUUAAGUACUAAAACUUCCUUUUAUAUUUUUAUAUGUUUUUAUUUAAAAUGUUAUCUGAUUAGAAGUUUUAGGCUGACAGAUUUUAGAUAUAGUGUUAAUUCAGAGCUGACUGCUUUGUGUUUUCCCCUUGAUUUUAUUCUUUAACAUGCACUCAACACUGUACUUUUAAACACAUAUAUUCUGUAUAUUGCAGGUUUAUAGAUGUGGACGAUGAAUGUUUGCCACUGUAACUUUGCUGCUGUCUAGUAUUUUGACUUCGGUACAGCUACUUACUGCCAAGAAUCCAUUGGCUUAGAUCAAUGUUUUUAAAAUUCAUGAAUUUUCAUGUGAUCGUUUUUUUAAAAAUCAGAGCUAAUUUAGCCUCUCGCACUCUGAGACGCUGAUUGGUGAAUAAAGCUGCAUUUACAUUUACUGCAUUGGCAACAGUCAACAAGUCAUUUUACAGUUUGCUUUUGGUACAUAGUGUAAAAUAAGAACUUUACAGUUUUUAGUUGUGCCCUAAAACAUCAACGCUGAAAUAAAGUUUUUUUUUUUUAAAUGA